AAGACCAGUAUACUUUUUUUGUUGACAGUUUAUUAAUAUUUUCAUGGUUUUUGCUUUCCUUAUCUUUAGGGUCAUACAUGUGAGCUGUGAUCUUGCUUCUUCCUCAUCAUCUCCCCGAGCGAUGUCAGAUCUUUAAUCAUGGCUAGACCUUUUUCUUGAAUUACUUUGAAACCUGUCUUUUUUCCAAUUCCAAACAUCAGAGAUGUUGUGUCACAUCCAGGGAGGGCAUGAAGAGCAGGAAGUAUAUUACAAAAUACUACAGACAAAGAUCUACAUAUUUCAUGGACUCCAAUAAAACAAUGCAGCGUCCCUGCUCAAAUGACAUUAAUCGGAUUUCCUGGUGAAUUAGGGCAGUUUGAGGCUAGACCAGUGAUCUCACAUCAAAAUGGAAUACAAGAUUGAAAGAUGGGCAUCGAUGUGACCAAACACUACAUGGCAAGGAAUCUUUAAAUGUAAAGAAGCAUACACUACAAUGCACACAAGGUAUGCUGCAAUUUCAGCCUGCAAGCCAGGAAACAGAUAAUUAUUUGACGAUUUCUGAAGGUGAAUUUGUAAAUGCAAGACACCGUUGAUGCAAGACUGAAUGAGACAACUGGCUCUGCGUCUGUGUAUAAGCACCUGAAAUGAGUUUUCUGGAUCACUGCCAUAUGAGUCACAGAGGAAGAAUGCAGAAACACUACAAAUAUACGGAUGGCUUUAGUGACAUGUCAAGCAUUGGAAGUUUUAUGGAUGAUACCGACAGAGAAGUGAGCAAUCUAACAGACCGGGCAUUUAGAAGUUUAUGCAUUGGGGAAGAAGCAAUUUAUAAUGACUCGGAUUUUGCUGUCUCUCCACUUGAACACGGUUUGGCUUUCAUUGAUAAUGUGCAAAAUAAAAACCCAGAUAUCCCAAAAAAGUCUGUGAAAGAAAGCCAUACCAUUAGUUUUAAAUCUAAAGAAGUGGAAGAAAAAUCUGAAGUUGCUGUAACAUUCCAGCAGUCAGUCAGGCACUUUUCCAAAGAAGCAGAACAUGGCAUAAAAAAUGAUAUAGCAACUCAUUUGAGCAAUGGUGUUAGUGGGUCAAGCUGUAGACCAAAAAAGAACAUCUCAAAAGUGUCUUCCCUGAUUAAGGCAUUUGAUACAGUAGAAAAUGACUGUGACAGUGGCAUAAAUCUGGACAAGAAACAAUGCAUUCUAGCAGCUACUAAAAAUGACAGAAUGCAUAAAGAAAGAGACUUUGUGUCGUGGGAUAAAUCUGCCCUGUUGAGUAUUGAGAAAGAAUUAUCUGAAUUCUCUGUUGCCUAUCAGCAAAACUAUAUGUCAAGUAAAAAAUCUGAUGAAGAUGAUAGAAAGAACAAAAUGUAUAACUUACUCCCAGUCAGAAACAAUUUGCAAUCCUCUGACAUGAUAAUAACUCAUAAGUCCAAAGUGGACCCAAAUAAUACUCCCGCUAUAUCUACUAAAAACAAAACUAGUAAAGGGAAAAGGUUGAGCUUCAACAAUUGUUUUCUCCAUAGUGAAUACAGUCCAUUCAGAUCAUGGAAAGAUUAUAAAGAAUUUCCAUUUGAAAAAGAAGAUGUGGAAGACCUUUUGCCCACAAAUGGAAUCCCUAAAUGGUACGACUCUCCUGUUUACAAAGAACUUACAGCAGCGCAUAGAACUAGAACCCCACCAAAUGAGGACAGGAAAAUGCUAAAGCACCAAAAAGAUGAUGCCUGUAUCACAGGAUGUGCAUCAUUUUCUGCUUUGCAAAAAGCCUCCAUGCUUGAGAAAAGAAGUGAAUCGGAAAUGGGGAGUACCUGUCCCCCGUGGAGAAGAACUAGAAACACGAUUAAAAACAAACUGUCCCUUCCGCGUCCCUGUACUGUUUCACCAUUUAGUGAAAAAUCUAGUAGAAAAGAAGACAGUCAUUUAGCUUUCACAAAGUCAGCGCCAACCCUCCAAAAAUUACACACAGUUGUGGAUGGACAAAUACCGAGCUUUGAAACACCCUCAUUUAACAUUUCCAAACUACUGACACCAGUUAUUCAUGCUAGACAAGAUACGGAAACAUCUGAGAUCCUACAGUGUGUGUUAUCUCCACCAACCAUUGACUUAACAACUUCACAUGAAAACGAAUUUAAAGCUGUUGCUGAGAGCAAAUUACGUGACAGUUAUAAAUCUAUGGCUUCAAGCUUGUUAUUUAAUCUUAAAGACAACAGGAAAAGAGUAAAAAGCACUUAUAGCCCAUCUACCUUUCGAAGCCAAGAAGUACAAGAGCGAAGUAAACGGACCUCAAACCAAGCGGUAAUUCCGAAAAAUGUGCCGAUUAGUGUGUCCUCAGACACUCCUGUUAACUUUUCUACACCACUACAAAGGACAGACAUCACCCCUAGUAUCGCCUCCACUUUGCCAACAUUGAACACACAAGUCACUGAUAAAAAAGAUGCUGUAUGUGUCUCAGAUGACUAUCUGACCUUAAGUUCACCUCAAACCAUAAGUGAGGCUGCUAAUUACAAAGGCCUCAGUCAUGUAAUGCAGGAAGGUGCAAUACAUAAAACGAAAUCUGUUGAAAGCGAAAGUAGUAUAAACAAUGGUUUAUACUAUUGCCCCAGACUGAGUGAAGUCACCUUGCGAAAGAGACCAGAAUACCCCUCUUUGAAACUGUACAAAAAAGAGGAUAUUGCGAAGGAAGAAACUAAAGAAAUACCAGCAUCAAUAAAGAACCCUCUGCUGUCGAGUUCAUCACAAGAAAAUGAUAAUGUUGAAAAGCAUCCUGCCAUCCAAAAUAUUGGUAGCUUCCACAAGACUUGGCCAACCCCUAGUUUUCCUUUGCAGGAAAGCAGUGUGAAGCACAAUCCUGAUGUUUGGUGUAAAGGAAGUACAGAUGGGAGAACAAAGUCCUCUAAACAAUCAUAUUUAUCAUUAGAAGGUCACCAACAAAAUUAUUUAGAUCACAAUUUGAAAGAUGAGUUAACUUUGAGGAAUGGAAAUGGUAGUGAUGAAAAGGUUAAAAAUAUUGCAGAGGAGACAAAGAAAGACAUUGAAAAUAUGGAGUUGCAGUAUUAUGCACUAAGCAACCAUGAAAGUGAGAGAGAAAGUGAAGCUGAGAGCCACCCGACACCUAUGAGAAAUCAAAGUACAUCCCCAAAGGAAGAACACGAUUUGCCUUUGAACGGGGUGGAGGAAAGAAGCUGGGUUCAUUGUUUAAUAGAUGAUGCUAUGGCUUACACACCAGUAUCAUCAUCUAACGCAUCAUCUCCAUCUUCAGUAAAGGGAAAUUGGCUUAAAGCUAAAGACAAUGCAUUCCUGACAUCACCUGUAAUCAAGUCUGUAAAAGCACCAUUGCAAAAAAUAUUUCAAGAGGAUGUUGAGAUAAAUGGCCUUAGUGAAAGUAAAAGCAGUCCUGAGAAAUUUGAAAUUGCAAAGGCCUAUUAUGAAGAGUAUGACAAAGACCGAGUUACAGCGAAGAUCCCUCUUACAGGUGAAGCUCCAGUAACAAGUGAAGGCUCAGUUAAAGGCGAAGUCUCAGUUACAAGUGAAGGCUCAGUUAAAGGUGAAGCCCCAGUUAGAAGUGAAGGCUCAGUUAAAGGUGAAGUUCCUGUUACAAGUGAAGGCUCAAUUAAAGGUGAAGCCCCAGUUAGAAGUGAAGGCUCAGUUAAAGGUGAAGCCCCAGUUAGAAGUGAAGGCUCAGUUAAAGGUGAAGUCCCAGUUAGAAGUGAAGGCUCAGUUAAAGGUGAAGCCCCAGUUAGAAGUGAAGGCUCAAUUAAAGGUGAAGCCCCAGUUAGAAGUGAAGGCUCAGUUAAAGGUAAAGUCCCUGUUACAAGUGAAGGCUCGUUUAAAGGUGAAGCCCCAGUUAGAAAUGAAGGCUCAGUUAAAGGUGAAGCCCAAGUUAGAAGUGAAGGCUCAGUUAAAGGUGAAGCCCCAGUUAGAAGUGAAGGCUCAAUUAAAGGUGAAGCCCCAGUUAGGAGUGAAGGCUCAGUUAAAGGUGAAGUCCUAGUUAGAAGUAAAGGCUCAAUUAAAGGUGAAGCCCCAGUUAGAAGUGAAGGCUCAGUUAAAGGUGAAGCCCCAGUUAGAAGUGAAGGCUCGGUUAAAGGUGAAGCCCCAGUUAGAAGUGAAGGCUCAGUUAAAGGUGAAGCCCAAGUUAGAAGUGAAGGCUCAGUUAAAGGUGAAGUCCCAGUUAGAAGUGAAGGCUCAAUUAAAGGUGAAGCCCCAGUUAGAAGUGAAGGCUCAGUUAAAGGUGAAGUCCUAGUUAGAAGUGAAGGCUCAGUUAAAGGUGAAGUCCUAGUUAGAAGUGAAGGCUCAGUUAAAGGUGAAGCCCCAGUUAUAAGUAAAGGCUCAGUUAAAGGUGAAGCCCCAGUUAGGAGUGAAGGCUCAGUUAAAGGUGAAGUCCCUGUUACAAGUGAAGGCUCAAUUAAAGGUGAAGUGUCAGUUAGAAGUGAAGGCUCAGUUAAAGGUGAAGUCCCUGUUACAAGUGAAGGCUCAAUUAAAGGUGAAGUGUCAAUUAGAAGUGAAAGCUCAGUUAAAGGUGAAGUCCUAGUUAGAAGUGAAGGCUCAGUUAGAAGUGAAGGGUCAGUUAAAGGUGAAGCCCCAGUUAGAAGUGAAGGCUCAGUUAAAGGUGAAGUGUCAGUUAGAAGUGAAGGCUCAGUUAAAGGUGAAGUCCCAGUUACAGAUGAAGUUGAAUGUUUAAUUCAGCUGAAUUCAGUGCGAGUGGAAGAAGGAAGUCAAUUGACUGUAAAUGCAAAGUCAGAAGACAUAGAAAGUUGUGCCGCAAGUACCCUACACAUAGAUGAAAAGGUUGUAAGUGCUGUCUGCACAAAAGAAGCAGAACAUUUGAAAGAUGUUAGUGAAAUAUCAGAUUCAAUCAGUAGUGUUAGUGAAAAUAAACCAUUAGGCAAACCACCCACGGUUCCACCGAAAACUGAAAAAGGACUUCGACGUGCCAAGAAACUUAUCAACAGAAGAAAAAAGGCUGAAACAAAGCCAAAAACAAAAAGUACUAGCCAAAUCGAAAUGAAACCUGUUAGAGCCGUUUCCAGUGUGCCAUCAUCUCCAACACAUAUGUCGCAGUCACCCAUACCUAUGAAUUCAACACCAGUACCACAGCCUGUGCACCUUGAACCGAAGGAUGUUUCACCAUUCCCUAAUAUUGUGACAGCACCGUUAAUCCAAUCUUUCCCAGUUACCCAAAGAAAGCUGCUACAAGACCCUGAGUCGGGUCAAUACUUUGUUGUAGAUAUGCCUGUCCAAGUGAAAACUAAAACCUUUUUUGAUCCAGAAACUGGAAAAUAUAUUCAGCUAUCCAUUCGAUCAGCGGAAGGCGGGUUAUCACAUGCAUCAUCGUUGGAGGUUUUGAACCCUCCUUAUGUAUUAUAUCCGGGAUUUCUGCCCUUGGCUGUCACAUCUUUACCAGCACUGAGGUCUUCUUCUGAGAUGUCAGCACCAGCAGCGCUUAUGGAUGAACAGGGAAUAAAUGAACUUUCAGAGAUCUGGACACAGGAUGCUAUUAACCAGAAGCACAAUGAAGAAAGUCACCCAUACAUCGAGCCUGUGUAUGAUUCUCAUAAUCAACUGACUGAUGGAUCAAUGUACAGUGAAGAGAAAGGAAGUAGCAGCCACAGGAACUUGGAUAUAAUACCAAUGAGUGAGUUAGAAGAUUUUGCAGUUGAAAGCAUUUUAUAGAUUCAAAGAUAUAAACAAAAACAUUCUUAAAAUUGUUUAGAAACACCCAGCAAAAAUAUAACAUGGAUAUGAAAGAACAUAUUAAAUCAAGAUAAUUAUCUAAUAUGUCUACUUAUUUGACUUUUUUUUAAAGAACAAGUUAUUUGUUCUUUAAAUUAUUUUAGAAAUUGGGAUUCAUGCAACUGUUUAUUAUAAAGGAAUUAAACAAAGUGCUCUCUCUCUCUCUCUCUCUCUCUCUCUCUCUCUCUCUCUCUCUCUCUCUCUCUC